GGGGGACAUUGUGCAGGCUGCACAGCUCCAGCAGCUGUGUGAACUCUUCUGACUGCAGGACCAUAGGGAGGUCACCUGGACGCGUCGGAGGCGGGAAAUGAUUCCAAGGGGGCUGCAAGGUGACUGCUGAGGAUGACUCAGAGAACAGACUCAUUCAAAAUGGCUCCAUUUUCCAGUUGAAGAAAUGUCCUUUCUGAAAAGCAGAUUCCGCUUCACUGCAGUGUAUCACCAGGCUGCAGUGGGUAGGCACCAGGGAGGAGGACUGAACUGUUGACGGCUGUUCCUGGAUUCAGUUAUUUGGCUCAUGCACCCUCCCUGAGCUCUGCAAGCAUGAGGAAAGACUAAGAAAUGUAAAGCCCAUAAAUGACAGCUUCAAAGGAGAAUUGGCAAGGAAUAUUGCCUGCACUUUUUAGUAAUGUUUCCAGAGUUUGAGCAUCAGCCCUGCAUCGACUUCCUGUGUCCUAGCCUACCUGAAUCUCCCCACCUUAACUGACCUGAUGAAUUUUUUCGAUUCCAAGGGGGCUGCAAGGUGACUGCUGAGGAUGACUCAGAGAACAGACUUAUUCAAAAUGGAGCCCCUAACCUUUGAGGAUGUUGCCGUGAGCUUCACCCUGGAAGAGUGGAGCUGUUUGGAUCUUUCCCAAAAGAAGCUCUACAGAGAAGUGAUGCUAGAAACCUAUAGCAACCUGUCCUACAUAGAAGAAAAUGAAAACAUUGAAGAGGAUUUCAGGAAUCCCAGAAGAAAUACGAGCCCUGAAAUGUUAGAGAGACUGCGUGAACAUAAACCAUGUAUUCAAUGUGCAGAAUCCUUUCAACAGACUCCAGAGAACAUUGUAAGCAAGGAUACUGUUCUUAGAACAGCACCAUGUAAAAGCAAUAUAUGUGAUGCUUAUGGGGAAACCUUUACUGAUAGCUUGGCUCUUCUAAUCCAUGAAAGGUUACACAAUGUAGUGAAAUCUCAUGGAAGGAAACAAAUUGGUAAAAUCUUCACUCCAUCUGGUACCUUUCACAUUCGUGAAACUUCUCACAUUAGUGAGAAACCCUAUGGAUGUACACAAUGUGGGAAAGCCUACACUCCUUCCAGUAACCUUCAUAUUAAUGAAAGCAUUCACAGUGUAGAAAAACCCUAUGAAUGUAAGCACUGUGGGAAAGUCUAUAGUCAAGCCAGUAACCUUCAGAGACAUGAAAGAACUCACACUGGAGAGAAACCCUAUGUUUUCAAGCCAUGUGGGAAAGCCUAUGCUGAUUCAAGUACCCUUUAUAUUCAUGAAAGAACUCACACUGGGGAGAAACCAUAUGAAUGUAAGCAAUGUGGGAAAGUCUACACUUUUUUCAGUACCGUUCAUAGUCACGAAAGAAUUCACACUGGAGAAAAACCCUACGCAUGUAACAAAUGUGGAAAAUUCUUCACUCGUGUGUGUAACCUUCAAUAUCAUGAAAGAUCCCAUAGUGCAGAAAAACCAUAUGGAUGUAAACAAUGUAACAAAGUCUUUACUCAAGAACAUUAUCUUCGAAUACAUGAAAGAACUCACACUGGAGAGAGACCCUAUGGAUGUAAGCACUGUGGGAAAGCUUACCCUUUUUCCAGUUCUCUUCGUAUUCAUGAAAGAAUUCACACUGGAGAAAAACCCUAUGGAUGUAACAAAUGUGGGAAAUUCUUCACUCGUGUGUGUAACCUUCGAUAUCAUGAAAGAUCCCACAGUGGAGAAAAACCAUAUGGAUGUAAACAAUGUAGCAAAGUCUUUACUCAAGCACAUUAUCUUCGAAUACAUGAAAGAACUCACACUGGAGAGAGACCCUAUGGAUGUAAGCACUGUGGGAAAGCUUACCCUUUUUCCAGUUCCCUUCGUAUUCAUGAAAGAAUUCACACUGGAGAAAAACCCUAUGGAUGUAACAGAUGUGGGAAAUUCUUCACUCGUGUGUGUAACCUUCGAUAUCAUGAAAGAUCCCACAGUGGAGAAAAACCAUAUGGAUGUAAACAGUGUGGCAAAGUCUUUAGUCAUGCACAUUAUGUUCGAAUACAUGAAAGAAUUCACACUGGAGAGAAACCCUAUAGAUGUAAGCUAUGUGGGAAAGCCUAUGCUGAUUCAAGUGCCCUUCGAUAUCAUGAAAGAACUCACACUGGAGAAAAACCCUAUGGAUGUAAGCAAUGUGGGAAAGCCUACACUGAUUCCAGUGCCCUUCGAUAUCAUGAAAGAACUCACACUGGAGAGAAACCCUAUGAAUGUAAGCAAUGUGGGAAAGCCUACACUUUUUCAAGUAACCUCCGUAUUCAUGAAAGAACUCACACUGGAGAGAAACCCUAUGCAUGUAACAAAUGUGGGAAAUUCUUCACUCGUGUGAAUAACCUUCGAGAUCAUGAAAGAACUCACAGUGCAGAAAAACCAUAUGGAUGUAAAGAAUGUGGGAAAGUCUUUACUCAAGUCCGUUAUCUUCAAAUACAUGAAAAAACUCACACUGGAGAGAAACCCUAUGGAUGUAAGCAAUGUGGGAAAGCCUACAGUCAUUCAAGUUCCCUUCGAUAUCAUGAAAAAACUCACACUGGAGAGAAACCCUAUGAAUGUAAGCAAUGUGGUAAAGCCUACGCUUUUUCCAGUUGCCUUCGUAUUCAUGAAAGAACUCACAUUGAAGAGAAACCCAAUGGAUGUAAGUAAUGUGGGAAAGCGUACACUCAGUGUGCUUACCUUCAGGCACACCGAAGAACUCACACAGAAGUGAAAUCUUACAGAUAUAUGCAAUGUGAGAAUGUGUUCACUUACUCCUGUCACCUUUGAGCCCUGAAAGACAAAGACCAACUUUAUGGUUAUAACCAAGGUGGCCAAAAUGUUCAAAUGCCCCAUUACCCUUAAAAGACAUAAAGGUACUUAGACUAGAGAAAAAAGCUAUGGAUAUGAACAAUUUCCAGUGACAUUAUGCAGAGAAACUUUAUAAAUGUAAGGAAUGAGGAAAAACCUACACUUUAUUCAGUAUCCGUCAUACUCAUCAAAGAACACAAACAAGACAAACCUAGUGGAUGUAAGAAUGUGGAAAGCCUUCCUUAGUUCUAGUACCCUUCAUGCACCUGAAAGAAUUCAUGGUGUAAAUAAACACUAGGGUCAUAUCAAAUAUGACAAAACAUUCACACAUCCCAGUCUCCUUGAACAACAUGAAUGACCUCAGAAACACUAUCAAUGUAAGUGAGGUAGGAAUGCCUUCACCCUUUGCAGUAAUCUUUGACAUGACACAAUUCACAUUGUAACACAAUCCUGUACACGUGUGUAAUGUGGCUAAGUCUUCACACAUUCCAAUGCUCCUUCAAAAUGUACAAAAUUAAAAUGGAGAAUACUUGUUUAGGAAAGUAAUUAGGAAAGUCUUCUCUCAUUUCCAUGACCUCAAACAUGAAAGUCCUCACACUAGAGAAAAAAAUCUGUAUGUGUAAGCAUAAUGAACCUGUCUAUAUUGAUUCUAUUCACCAUCCAACAAGUGAAAUAAUACAAUCUGUGACAAUCCUUAUAGAAGCAAUGUAUAUAGGAAUAUCUUCUCUCAUUCCUAUUGCCAAAAAAAUACUUGUAAGAUAUCACAGUAUAGUGAUAUGAAUGAACUCAGAAACACUAUCAAUGUAAGUAAAGUAGGAAUGCCUUCACCUUGCAGUAAUCUUCUUUGACAUGACACAAUUCACAUUGUAGCACAAUGCUCUACAUGUGUAUAAUGUGGCUAAGCCUUCACAUGUUCCAGUGCUCCUUGAAAAUGUAGAAAAUUAAAAUAUGUAUUGAAGUACUCAGGGAAAGCCUUUACUUAUCUUGCUUCUAUUUACAACAUGAACUCCAUUCUUGCACUCAUGAUACUGCCUAGUUUAUAUAACUUUUGUUAGCAAGAGCAUGCCAUGUCACCUGCUUUCCUCCAGAGAUAUGAUCAAACAUGGUAUGAAGAGAAAACUUGAUUCAUGGCUCAUGGCUGGCAGGGAAGGAACUCUCUUCCAAGCCCCCAGUCCAUUUUCUCCUAGUUAUUUCAGAGCAAGGAUCUGUGAACUGUUUGCACAGGCUGAUCUCCAACCAUGAUCCUCCUGUCUCACCCUCUCAUGUACUAGGAUUAUAGGCUCAAGCCAAUGCCAAUUUGCUUAUACAUAAUUAGAGAUCUGUCAGGUUUUCUAUCACUUCAGCCACUUUGCCAGCCCUUUGUUUUCUUUUUGAUUGUGACUUUCAGCAUGUUCAACAUUUUAUAUUGAGACAGGAACUUAUUUAACUGGAGAUGUAAAAUUGAAGUUUUGAACUUUUGAUGUUCCAACCUCUGUUUUCCAAAUGCUGGGAUGAAAAAUGUGAAAUGAUACUUGAAAAAGUGUUCAGAUUUUAUCUUUCUUGUUUCCCAUUGCAAUUUGCAUAUUGUCUAUUGCAUAGAUGAGAACAGAAAGCAUUUUUUAAGUAGAAAUUGGAUUUCUCUGCUCCUCAUUUUUAGAUGUUAAUUUUUU